AUGAGCGCAGCCAAAGAAUUAGAAAACCAGAGCAGCACCAAUCCGCAGGUAGUCAAAAUACAUCGAACCAACAACCAAAUCACUGCAUCCGGUAGAAGAAUUCACCUCGCCUGGGUCAAAGCUCAUGUCGGCAUUGUGGACAACGAAGAAGCGGACACCGCCGCUAAAGCCGCUGCUCACUCACACAGAGCACAGGAGUACAAUUACUUCCCUAUCAGUUUCGUCAAAUAUAUAAUCAGAAACCAAAGCAUACAAGAGAGCAACAUUGCAUAUACAACCGAACGACAGGGACAACAUACGCGGAACGUCCUGCUCAACAAGGACGCUAUCCAAAAACUCCGACAAGCAAUCGAAAUCGACUUCGCCUGGACACAGAUACUCACCGGGCAUGGGUACUGCUUGCAGUACCUCCAUCGCUUCAAAAUAUCUGCAACUGACAAGUGCCCCUGCAAUCCCGACACAGUGCAAACCUUCAAACACCUGCUCGAGGAAUGCCCUCGCUUGACCCAAGCCACUACUAGACUACACGAGGAAAUGUGCCAGCAUUUCGACCUGGAACCAUAUAACGUCGUUAGUCUACUUGAAAAUAAAAAAUGUGUAGAAUCGUACGAUCAACUGCUGCACGCUAUAGUGCUGCAAUUGAAGGAAUGUAAUAACAUAUAUAAUUAG